CACAGCGGACAUACGAAAACCUGGCUGAUAAGCUAGCCCACCCACCUGAAACCAUCACAAACCAAACUCAAAACGGCGGCGCAACAGCAACUAGCUAGCUACGGUCCUCCUCUCCAGUUGCUCACAAAUCAAUAUCUAGCUAGAACAAAAGAAUAACAGCGUCUUCGCACCAAGAAAGAGUGAUAAAUAUCAGAGAUAGCCAUGAUCGAAUCAGCAAGACCAAGCAAGGAAAAUUUCACCAUGGCACCAUGAAAGAAACCGCCACAGAAAUCGGGGAGAUUGAUUCUUGCAAAACAGAUGCAUCAGCAUGGAACGCAGAUCUGGGGCGAUGGAUCAUUGCACAGUUGAUUGAUUAUUCAUGCUGCGGGGCAGCUGCAAUGAUUGGGUGGUGUCUUCAUGGCUCCAAUCCUAGUCCAGCUGUUCAAGCUGGCAAGAUCGGAAUGGGGCUGCUAUCCUGGAGACUGCUCUUGUGCAUGACUCUAAGCGCCGUCCUUUCCAUAGCCUUGAUUUACGUCCGAGAACUAAUUCAUUUUUGGUUUUUGGGAAGUCUGGUUCCAAGGUCCAAACAGAACAGCAAGCAGCUGACCAAGAUGGAUAUCAUGUUUGUGCUUCAAACCGCCAUUGUAUCCAUCUGUACCUUUUGCAUCAUUGAAUACCAUGGUUUGACCUAUACUGAGACCAACAAGUUCGGCAACGGCAGCAACUUUGUCUGGUUCUUGGUUGCAGAGGUAUAUCUCCCGUUCUACACUUUGCUGGUUCUGCGAGAUGUUGUCUUCUUGUGGCCUUUCCACCAGCUCCUGCAUACCAAGUACUUUUACCACUUGCACAAAACCCACCACAGCAUUGGCAAAGACGCUCAAGGAAUGCACGCCUUCUACAUUGAUAUCUUUGAUUUGCUGAUUGAAAAUGCAGGAGCACCUGCCUUGCUUCUGGCCUUUCAGUACUUCAGCGGCAUUGAGGUGGGCUUUCACCUACUGGUUCCAUAUCUGCUGUCUUUUCAUGAUGGCGCCCUGCAUUCUGUUAGUCCCUAUUCCGCCAUGUACUUUUGCCCAAUCUUGGAUUAUGUAUUGAAGCCUACCAUUCAUCACCAGCUUCACCACGCCAUCCCUCGCAACAAGGACUACCUCUUGUUUGUCCCAUAUCGUCACUUGAUUCCUCGCCACAGACAGGCAGACAUUGCUUACUUCAAUAAGGUCUUUGACACAAACUUUUACUCUUCAGAGAAACAACAGACAACUCAACAAGGGUCACCCCGCUGCCACAACGAACGCAACAUUGUGAUCGCACCAUCCGCCUAGUUACUCAGUAGGUAGUAGAGAAGCCAAAACGUUUUUUUAAGAAUAUUUCUUUUCGGUCAGUACCAGGUAUCCUCUGAACAUCCACAACUAUUGCAACA